AUGAUGCAGCGAACGAUCCAGCGGGCAGUUGAGGUAGCAGGAAUCGGCCUCCACUUGGGCGAAAAGGCGCGCCUGGUACUCCAACCUGCACCCGUGAACACGGGCGUGGUAUUUCGAGACGCCAACAGCCCAGCAUCGCGGACUGUUGCAGCCAUUUACUCGAAUGUCAAGGCCGACACUGUCGGCUUCUGCACAAGGCUGCGAAACCUCGAGUCGGGAUUUGAAGUUGCGACUGUCGAGCAUGUUCUGGCAGCGAUCCAUGCCGCCGAGAUCACGAAUAUCCACGUGGACGUGUCAGGACCAGAAAUCCCCAUCCUAGACGGAAGCAGCGCAGGUUUUUUGGAUGCGUUGGAGCGCGCUGGGGUCGACGAGCAAGGGUCCCCGCAGUCGGUCUUGACGAUUCUUCGCCCAGUUCAGGUGGUACAAGCAGACAAGGCGGCGUACUUGCUGCCGCGGCCCACCAGUGAGCUCACGAUCUCAGUGGAAGUCGAUUUUCCCGGACGGUUGCCGCGGCAAUGGACGCAUUUGGACCUGUCCGAGUUCGGUCGUAGAGUCGCAUCGGCUCGGACGUUUACUUUCCGCCAAGACAUCGAUCGGUUGCAUGCCAUGGGGUUGGCGAAAGGUGGAAGCUUGAGCAAUGCGGUCGUGUUCGACGAGCGUGGCGUUCCAUUGAAUCCAGACGGAUUGAGAUUUCCGGACGAGUGGAGUCGACACAAAGCCCUCGACGUUGUCGGUGAUUUGGCGCUGGCUGGACUGCCCAUCCACGGCCAUUACGUUGGGAUUCGACCAGGACAUGCCUUGACCCACGAAUUGCUGCAUGCACUAUUUGCCGAUCACGACAACUUCUCCAUCACGACCACCAAACCAGACGUGCCAUGAGCCUGCUAUCUGACGUCGUCCAAGCAAUACAUGGUGUCCGUGUGGAGCUUUUUGUAGAAGUGGGGGCAUUCGCAUGCAGCGCACGCCGACGUGGGCUCUGCCGAUCGAGGUUUGGUCGGCAUGUGGACCUGGAGGGAUUCGUUUGGGAAACGAAAGUGAUUUCUUGG